CCCAUUGCCUUUCAGCCAAAGAUUUCAGAAAGCAAUUAUGAUUACGGAGUGAAUUCCCAUCAAAUCUUCGAGCAAUUAUAUGCAUUCCGAGUGACUUAUACCAAAAGCUUGUAUUAUCAUGGGGUAUGUCACCCUGGCGAUGAGAAGAACCGCUUGCUCCUUAUAUCGCCGUGAUGAAAUGAAAUGUCAAGAAGAUCCCGGAACAAGAGGAAGUGGCAGUAUGAUCUUUAGUGCUAUUACUAACGGAUGGAUCACAAUGAUGCUUCCUUAUCUUGAAUGUAUGAAUUUAAAAGGGAUCAGCUGCAUUUAUCACCAAGUAGCAGAGUGGUUAUCCACAAGGGGCCUUUUCAUGAUUAUAAAAUUUUGCAAAUAGCCAAUGGAAGGGCUUUAUCGGAAACCACAGCCAGUGAGAACCGAGGAGAAGCGGAGGCAGCGUUUCUUUUCCUUUCUUCUUUUUCUGCUUUGCUUCAGUCACACGGUAGUAGAUGCUGUUGCCCCUCUCUCUGUCCAAGCAAAUAUAUAAUCUGCGACUCACGUGCAAUCAGAUGCAAGUUUGUAGGGCGUGUUAACGCCCAUUUCUCCCGUCGUUGCCUGGAUUUGGCGAUCUGACCUGUUCCGAGCGAGUCCCACAUCACAUGGGGAGAACAUUUGCCGGUCUCAGACGGUCCAUGCUCGAGAGUGCUGUGCGUCUUCAGAGGCCUCGGCUGGGACACCCGGGAUCGACAGCGACGCCAUAGGCUGUGUUGAUGGUCCCCCGGAUCACCUGUCCUAUUGUCAAGAUGUGGUACGCCUGGUGCCAGGACCCAUUAUAAGUGGGGUCUCCUCUCCAAUCUCUGUGUACCUCGGAGGUCUUUAUUCUCUACAUCUGUGCCUGUCUUGUGCUCGACGAAAAGCCAGAGAGAGAGAGAGAGAGAGAGAGAGAGAGAGAUGGACCAUUUGGCGCGAAGCGACGGGUAAGCGGAGGUAGCGUGGGGGGGCUCACCGAUCCGCUGCUGCCGGCUGCGGGCGGCGAUAGAUAAGGGAUAUGAUGUGAUCUGCCUCAUCCACGACACCUGCUGCUACGAGGAAGACCGCACCGGACUGUCUCCCCUGACAGUCCAUGGUUUUUUCUCUUCCCUCGACCCUUCCGGCCGUCAUCAGUCGAACGACGACAUCCGAGAGAGACGAAGGCGAGCAAAAGAAGAAGAACAAGAAGGUGAACGGAUGAGAGAUCAAAAGGUGGACGAACCCGACCGAGUGCGUGAUGCGAAUACUGCCACAUGUAUCACGUCGUCAUCUCCUACAGCCGGAGUGCGUCGUUCGUGCAUGGCAUCGCAUCGCAUCGCAUGAGAGCUUGGUCUGAGGUCACGGAGACACUACUUGUGCUGCUGGCUUGCGGCCACGAAGCUGACGCCCACCACCCGUUCGCUCCCCGGCAUCCUCGCGUGCGAGAGAUCGGAAGACAGACGCAGAGAGGAAAGAGGAGAGAGAAAUAGUCUGCGUUAAACCCUCUGCUAAUUCCGUCUACAGGGGAUAUAGGUGAAGUCCUCCUCCCACAUUUCUCGAUCUCUUCUGCCCAUCAGGUUCCGAAGAGGAGAGAGCAUAGGGAUUUGCACCCCCUUCUCACUGGUGAUUGAUUCCACUAAUAUAAUACGCCUGCGUUUUAGCUUUUACAGCAAUGCAGCAGUUGACCGGAGUAGAUUAAUCCUCUCCCCCAUCCCCACCUAUCCACGCACCAUUUUCAUCUCAUGCUCUCUCUCUCUCUCUCUAUCUCUCUCUCUCUCUCUCUCUCUUCACUUUCUUGGAUGGAUUUAGGUGACCUGCCUUGGGUAAAGGCACCAUUAUGUUCUCCAAAGUCUUCUAAUCGACCAGCAGCUUGUCUUGCAUUUGCAACCUACCAGUGUUCGUCAUAAAUCCUGUGGGAGGAAGUGUGAUGGUACGACUGGUUAUUUAUGGUUGAGCUACUUUGGUGCUCUCCUGCCAAAUUCCGGAGACUACUGCGACCACUGACCCCUGAAAAAUAAAUGCAUUAAAUCCUCUAACUUUGUUAUCACUCCUGUGAUUUCCUUUCAUUUUUCCUUCUUUUCACUGUUAUGUCUCACAGUUCAUGAUCUCGUGAAUUAUAUCUCUUUAAUUAGAGAACAAGUGUUUGGGUUUAGAGAGAGAGAGAGAGAGAGAGAGAGAGAGAGAGAGAGGGAGAGUUGGGACAACAUGUCCGCUAUAUUCCUCAGACUCUACUUCUCACAGCGCCAGCUGCAGGAGGUGGCUUUUCUCUCUUGAGUCUCUUACCAACCAUGACAGAGACUGGGAGUAGCUUGCGGAGCGCCACAAGUGAAGGCCUUUUGAAAAAGGAGAGUGAGACGGAAGGUAGAGAGCAGUAAGCGAGCGAGCAAGAAGAGUCCUGCCCUCACAAAAGCCAUAAAGGAAACAGCAGUCUAUUUUUGUUCUCUCUUCGGCUACUUGGAUAUAUGAAUGGAAGGGAUGGAGAGCGUUGUCGUGACAGGGUGUGAAGGAGGCAGAGGAGGAGGAGAUGGAGCUGGAGGAGGUGGAGGAGGAGGAGUGGAAGCAGGUUACUCUUCUCCGACUUUGUCGCCUACUCCUCCUCAGCUUGCGGCAUUUUCCGGCGGGGUUGUUGGCGUGACGGGGAUGCCCGUGCCACCGUCGGAAGGGGCCGGCUUGGCCAUGGGGAUGAUGGGGAGCGGCGGCUAUGGGGGCAGCAGCGAGGGAGAUCUUCCCGCGCCGAAGAAGAGAGGGAGGCCCAGGAAGUACGGAUCGGACGGCAUGGCCCUGGCGCUGUCGCCGACCUCCGGCUCUGCCUCCCCUUUCUCUCCUGCUUCCUCCGACGCCAAACGGGGUAGAGGGCGGCCACCUGGCUCCGGGAAACGCCAACUCCUUGCGGCUCUUGGAGAAUGGUUUGCGUGCUCAGCCGGUGGGAGUUUUACGCCGCAUGUUGUGACCAUUGCCACAGGGGAGGAUGUCGCUGCUAGAAUUCUUUCCUUCUCCCAGAAGGGUCCGCGGGCUAUCUGCAUACUCUCUGCGAAUGGGGCUAUCUCCAAUGUUACUCUGCGCCAGCCAGGCUCUUCCGGUGGUACCUUGACUUAUGAGGGCCGAUUUGAGAUACUGUCCCUGUCGGGGUCCUUUACAAUUUCUGAAACUGGUGGUAUGCGGAGUAGAACUGGUGGGAUUAGUGUCUCGCUUGCUGGACCUGACGGCCGUGUUAUUGGUGGAGGAGUUGCUGGAUUAUUGCUUGCUGCCAGUCCAAUUCAAGUGGUGGUUGGAAGCUUCAUGCCGAACGUAUACAAGGAGAAACAAGCAAAACCAACUCAUCAAGCACAACCUUCAGCACUUCCAGGAACUACUGGUUUAUUGACAGCUGCAAUGCCUAUUUCUCAAGCAAACCCCGAAGAAGACUGCGAGACCCCAACCUCAUCAUCCUUGGCCAGACAAUCCCAUGCCGAAAAUAGCCUGUGCGGCCCCAAUCCAAACUCUACUUGGCAUGGUCUACAGUCAUCAGAACACAAGCCUUCUCCUGAUAUUAACAUAUGCUUACAGGGAGAAUAGCAUCAAGGUACUCACUCGUCUUUACACCCUAACACUAUCAUACUCUUCUAACAUGUUCAGCAAGAUUUCUGCUAGAUGUCAGGUUAGUGGAUAGCCUAGGAGUCAUUGUGCACCUGAUUUGAUGAAUGAUCAAAUGGUAUCCUAUUAUCGGUUGGUCUUUUUAUAGUCACCUUAGUCGUCAUUAAUGUCGUCGUCGUCGUCGUCGUCAUCGUUCAUUGUUUCUUUGUGUUCUUGUGGAAGAAGCUCGAGGAGCCUGAAUCUGUGCAAGGAUUUUUUUUGGUGACCAAGGUUUCUGUAUGAUUCAUGAUAACUGCUAAUGUUUUGAGUCAA